AUGGCAUUCAGGAAUAAUGUAGCGUUAUCGUUAUUAGUGAUGAUAACAGUGAUGGACUGGCACGCAAAUGCCUUGCGAGCAGAUAUGAAGCGCGUGCAUGGCAGCAGUAUGACUUCUUCCCAACGCCUCAGCGCUGCCGUCCACAGAAGCAGUGCAAGGCUGAGAAAAAUCGAAACAUCAGUGACAGGAAAAGCUGCAGACACGGACUUGGCGGCUCCUGUGAACCGGGGAAAAAAUGUGGGCGAAUUCCUGGUAUCAAUGGGCAUCGGAACACCGCCGCAAAAAAUGGUUGCAAUUGUGGACACGGGCAGCGAUCUCAUCUGGACGCAGUGUCAGCCCUGCAAAAACUGCUACGAUCAGCCCGACCCCAUCUUCGACCCCUCCAAGUCGAGCACUUACGCCAAGAUCCCCUGUAACUCCUCCCUCUGCUCUUCCCUUCCCCGCAAGACCUGCCCGCAAGACUGCCAAUACGCUUAUUCAUUCGGCGAAGGUUCCAAUACGACCGGCGUCUUAUCAAACGAGACGCUGACUCUCUGGGACAGCACUGGAAAUCUGCAGGCCAUCGAAGAGGUUACUUUUGGCUGCAGCCACGACACGCCACGAGUAGAUGGUUUUACUGAUGCGGACGGUGUUUUAGGGCUCGGGCGAGGCAGUUUCUCGCUCGUCUCGCAGAUGGGAUCUCGAUUCUCUUAUUGCCUCACCUCUUUCAUGGACGACUCUCCCUCAGCUACGAGCCCUCUUUUCUUCGGCAGCGCAGCCGAUUUGAGGGAACUGGUAGGACUUCAUUCUACGCCAUUGAGGACAAACCUAUUCCGACCAGAGCUCAACAGCUUCUAUUACAUCUCCGUGGAAGCAAUAGCUGUGGGAAACCGACUGGCCUAUAUUUCGCAGGGGAGGCUUGAUAUACAAGAAGAUGGCAGUGGAGGGUUCAUCAUCGAUUCGGGCUCCGCCUUCUCAUACUUGAUACCCGAGGCAUUCACUCUAGUUGCAGAGGCCGUUGAUUUGGCUCUGGGUUGGGAUCGAGCAGAUGGUUCUGAUUACGGCUUUAGUCUCUGCUAUCAGAUACCUCAAGGUAAUACAACGUAUGUUUUUCCGGAUAUCACCUUCAUUUUUAGCAGAAAUGUGCCGUAUGUGGUAGAUCAGAAAUAUAACUUCCGUUUGGUGGACGAGAAAAGAGGUUUGGUGUGCAUGCUAAUUUUGGAAAUUGAGGAGACUUCCGCAGUAAAAUCACCUUCCAUUCUGGGUAGUUAUCAGCAACAGAAUUAUCAUAUUUUGUAUGACAUUGGCAAUUAUACGCUCUCUUUCGCUCCCACCACUUGUGCUGACUUACUCCAACCAGCAUUCGACCAAAGCUUUCUGCCUACAGAGUCGCCUGCAAAUUCUACAGAGUCCCCUGCAAGUUCCACAGAAUCGAGUGGGCAUGCUCGCCCGAUAGUGUUGUUCCGGUUGAUCGUUGCUUUUUUUAUUUCUGUUUCACUUUUGGCGAUUUGCUUCUAA